AUGUUGACCACCGAUCUUGAUCCAUCUUGCGGUGCCUCCAGGCAUACCACCAACGCCAUUCAAGACAUGGAGAAGGGCAAUGAACUGAGCCACCACCUCACCAACCAUACGCUUACAUCCUUCUCGUGGUCGGAUGUUGGGGUUACCGUGAAGGACCGAAAGAUCAAGAAGCCCAUACAGAUCCUGAGCUCUAGCUAUGGCUGUGUUCAAGCUGGAAGUGUCGUUGCCCUCAUGGGUCCAAGUGGGAGCGGAAGACUACACUAUUAA